CAGCUUUCCCGCGGUGGCCGCCGGAACUUUGGUGGUGGUCACACUGUCAGUCAAGCCUCCCGUGGACGGGGACAAAGCUAUCGGGGGAAGACAGCCCAACAACAGUCUUUUUUAGCCAGGCGCCAGAAGGACACGUACAGGAGGUAACUACCCAGCUUACUGGGCCGUGCUCUUCAGAAGAUUCAAUGGGAACAAGCAGACAGUCUUGUGGUGGCCCCACUUUGGAGGACCCAGUUCUGGUUCAGCAAGCUUCUAGAGCUGUCAACAGACUGUCCGAGAUUGUUGCCAAAAUCAAGGUCCCUACUGACACUAGUAAACCAACCGGAAGUUCUGCAUCCACUCCACAAAAAGCUGCGCCUAAUAGCAUUCAGAUUAUCCGGAAAGCCUUGGAAGACGAAGGAAUAUCGGGAUCAGCUGCGGACAUCAUGCUGUGCUCAUGGCGCGAUUCAACACAAAAACAAUAUGGAACUUAUCUGUGCAAGUGGAUGUCAUUUUGCACUGAGAGGUCUGUGGAUCCCAUGUCACCAUCUUUAAGCAAUGGAUUAGCUUUUCUGGCUGAUCUGUACAAACAAGGCCUCAGUUACUCAGCAUUGAACACCGCAAGAUCAGCCUUAUCAUCAGUGAUCAAACUCAACAAUAUGCCCUUCGGACAGCAUGACAGAGUAGUUAGAUUCAUGAAAGGUGUAUUUAAUUUGAGACCAUCGCUACCAAAGAACUGUGUUACAUGGGAUGUCAAUAUUGUGUUAAGCUAUCUUCAGAAAAUAGAAGUGUCACCUAAUUUGAAGCAGGAGACCCUUAGAUUAGUCAUGUUACUACUAUUGUUGUCAGGACAGAGUACAAUCCUUACACUUUGUGGAUUUACGAAAUGUGCAGUUAACUGA